CCUCUUUAAAUUUUGUGUCCUAGGCACCAAACCUGCCUGAUUGCUAAUCCCCGCUCAGCUUUGACUAGCUCCUCCCCAGCUUACCUGUACUGCAGCCAGCUCUUCUGGUGGCCAACCCGCAAGUCUUUGCUAUGUCGCAGUGGUCUCUACUCAGCACCCUGGUCUGGAGCCCUGGCUCUGUCCUGCUCACGCUGGUCUUCCUGCUUAGACUAAGUGUGCGACUCUGGCACAAGUCUUAUCUUUGGGACCUCCAGCAGUGCUCCACAGACCUAACUGGGAAGACAGCAGUGGUGACUGGUGCCAACAGUGGCAUCGGGAAGGCUGUAUCCCAGGAGCUGGCCCGCCGUGGGGCCCGUGUGAUCCUUGCCUGCCGUAACCAGGAGCAUGGACAGCAAGCUCUGGCUGAGAUCCAAGUAGCCUCAAAGGGCAACUGCCUCCUGCUUGGCCAGGUGGACUUGAGCUCUAUGGCCUCCAUCCGGAGAUUUGCCCAGUGGCUUCUGCAGGAGGCUCCUGAGAUACAUCUGCUGGUUAACAAUGCUGGAAUCUGCGGAUUCCCCAAGACACUUACCCCAGAGGGCCUUGAUCUCACCUUUGCCACCAACUAUGUUGGGCCCUUCUUGCUUACAAAUCUACUCCAAGCUGCUCACUGA